GCACUGGCCAGUGCUGUUUCUUCAGCACUACCUAUACCGCUAGUUUUCUAUAUCUGAGUUCCCCUUCAAGUGUUCAUUUGAAUUUUUAAAAUGCUAUUUUUACCCAAUAAGUCUAGCCUCUGAGGUCUUUAAAAAGGUGUGUUAGUAGUGUAUGCUAUAAGGCUUUGAGUGCAUAAUGAAAAUUCAAGUAGACGCCGAAAUUUAUAAACCAUAGAAAAUGUGGGAGCAAAUGACAGAAUAUUUGAAAGACCCACACUUAGUUGCGAAAAUCCAAAAUUUUUUUGGGGUCGAAAUACAUCGCAAUGCGAAUUUUGAAGCGGAACAGAAAAAAGUAGAGAGAGGAACAUCUGAUCUCAAUGAAAAAAAGAAUGGCGUCAAUAUUGCAAACAUUUAUAUAAAUAGAUAUCUUGCAAAUGAACCAAGUUCUAGUGACGAAGAAGUGGCAUGGAAAGAAAUUUUACAUAAGCGGAAGGAUUAUGAUUCCAGCAGUGGAGAAAUCACGGCUACAUCAGAUUCCGAGCCGCACAAAAUUAGAAUCAAAAAUCACUUUUGGUAUUACUUGUUUAUCUUUGGCACUGAACUAGGAGAUGAAAUUUUUUAUUGUUCUUUUAUACCAUUUUGGUUUUGGAACAUAGAUGGUGCAGUUGGACGUAGAGUGGUUCUUGUCUGGGCCAUAGUUAUGACAAUUGGACAAGCAUUGAAAGACAUUCUUUGCUGGCCAAGGCCAGCAUGUCCACCGGCUGCUAGGUUGCAAAGUAAAUGGUCUCAGGAAUAUGGAAUGCCAUCGACUCAUGCAAUGGUCGGUGUUUCGAUACCAUUUAGCGUCGUACUUUUUACGAUGAAUCGAUAUAUAUAUUCACUUCCAGUCGGCAUUUUAAUUGCUACUAUGUGGUGUGCAUUAAUAUGCACGAGUCGAUUAUACCUCGGGAUGCAUACUGUACUGGACUUAAUAGUCGGACUCAUAUUAGCAAUUGCAUUAAUGGUUCCAUUAGUACCUUUAGUAGAUACAACUGACUAUUACUUUUUGACAAAUGGUUGGGCGUUAUCAGUUUUGAUAGCAAUUACUAUUGCCACAGUUGUUUACUAUCCACAUAGUGACAAGUGGACACCAACUAGAGGGGACACCACGAUGGUAGUUGCUGUCACAACUGGUGUACAUGUAGGAGCAUGGCUGAAUUACAAAAUAGGAGCUUUAUCUGCUUCACCACUUCCUCCUCCAUACAACAUUAUUUGGCCAUCUUAUCCCAUGUUGGGCCGAACAGUUCUAAGGACAAUUCUGGGGUUUUCCUGUGUUAUUGCCACAAGAGCAAUUUGCAAAACCUUUAGUUAUGCCACAAUGUGUGCCAUACUUAGAGUCAACUCAAAGGAGCUCAAAAACAGCGAAAACUCAUUGCAGAAUAAAAACAAAGUCCUCGUCGAUCUAGUUUAUAAAUAUAUAACUUGUUUCAUGAUAGGAUUCAAUACUGUAUAUCUUUUGCCUAAUGUUUUUACGAUGAUAGGUAUUGAAAGACCGACUUUUUACACCGAAAUAUAA